UCCGCCGCCUUAAACAAAUUCUAUAUAAGCCCCUCCAGGGUUAAACUUACAUACUAAUGUUCUGUCAAAAUCAGUUGAAAAAAAAGUGAGACAACAUUUUCCUUCUAACCUAACUUUAAACAAUUUUUCUUGAUUGGAAAAUUUAAAAGAAGUUAAAUUCUUGCUACUUCCAUGUCAAUGAUAUCUGGCAUCCAAGGCCAACUUCUUGAAAUCACAGUGGUUUCUUGCAAUAAAUUGAAGGACACUGAAUGGAUUUCAAGACAAGAUCCCUAUGUUUGUCUUGAAUAUGGUAGCACCAAAUUUCGAACUCGUACUUGUACAGAUGGUGGCAAAAACCCCACAUUUCAAGAGAAAUUCGUGUUUACCCUUAUUGAAGGAUUGCAAGAGAUUAAUGUUGUCGUCUGGAAUAGCAAUACCCUUACUUAUGAUGAUUUUAUCGGAAGCGGAAAGAUUCAACUACAGAAAGUUCUAUCAAUGGGAUAUGAUGAUACUGCUUGGCCAAUCCAGACAAAGACUGGCAGGCAUGCGGGAGAAGUUCGGCUCAUAAUGUUCUAUGCUAAUGCCAAUAAGCAGGCAACAAGUUACGCUCCAUCAUACACUGCACCACAGCCGCAUACGCCUAUGUACUCUGCUCCAUCAUACGCAGCACCAGCAGCAGCUUAUCAAACACCGUCUCCAUAUCCCGCAUACCCACCUCAUUCAGCAGCAUAUCCACCAACACCUUAUCCUCCUCCUCAAACAACGGCUUACACUCCAGUCUAUCCACCGCCUUCAGCAUAUCCUCCGAUUUCGUAUCCAGCACAUUCAGCGUAUCCUCCCGCGUCUUAUCCACCACCAACACUGGACUACUCUUAUCCUCCAGCAGGUCCAUAUCCAGGAACAUAUCCUCCGCGACCUUACUGAGGCCAUCUUCCUACAUGCUUGGGUGAAGAAUGUGCAUAUAAGUUUAUGGAAAAAGAGGAAAGAAUUGUGCAUACAGAUUUUCACUGAACAGUUUUGCUUAGGCAUCUUUGUGUUUGUAAAUCAUUGAAAAAUACAAGGGUUGGAUGACUUGUUUGUGAUUGUUUGUGCUAAAACUGUUCCAUAUAAUCUUCUUUAGAAAGAAAUGAGACUAGCUUAUUAGUUUUGUUGGCUGUUGUUUGUCGUCUGUAGUUUGAUAAUCGAAACGAGGCCUUGCAGGAGGGCAUUGUAUAUGCGUUUGAAUCAAACCAGUUGAGAGUGACUGUAUGUAUCCAUGUCUAUAUGAAUUCUAUAAGAACAGUUACUAUUUUUCAUUUUUAAA